AUGGCUAGCCGGCAAAUCACACGGCGCAUCGUGAUCAGCGCCGCGAUCUCAAUACUUCUAGUAUUCUUCCUAUUCAUCCGACCACAAGGCCCGCCGAGUCCUGCUAUCCGAGCACCGGGACACAUAACACAUGCCUCGUCAUCCGCACCGGGGGUCACCAUCCAGCAGGACCUGCUGAAAGGGGCGGUCGUGAUGCCGAAGCUAGGGAACGAAACAGUCAAAGCUGAAUUAGGACGUGCAACAUGGAAAUACUUCCACACUGUCAUGGCGCGAUUCCCCGAGAAACCUACACAAGAUGAACAGGACGCCCUACGUUCAUACAUCCACCUAUUCGCCCGCCUCUACCCUUGCGGCGAAUGCGCUGAGCAUUUCCAGGGACAUCUGAACAAGUACCCGCCACAGGUAUCUUCGAGGAAAGCUGCUGCAGGAUGGGCAUGCUUCGUUCACAACGAGGUCAAUGCGAUGCUCGAGAAGCCCGAGUUCGACUGUAGUAAGCUUGGUUCGUUUUACGAUUGCGGCUGUGCCGAGGAUGAAAAUGAAGAGGGUGGCGAGGAGCUUUCUGAGUCUAAGGACGGGCACUCGGCUGCGACCCGUGCAGAUGAGCAGGGUAGUGCCUUGGAUGCGCACGAUCAUUUGGCCGUGGAAAUCUCAAAGGAAGCGACUACUCGUGGCUAA